UCACUUCAUUGUUCAUUACGCAUAUGUUUCUAGUUUUCUACGACAUUUAUACUGAUAUGUGAUUGUCUAAAUACAGUUAAAUAACGGAUGUGAAGUUAACAUAAAACAAUUUAAAAAAUAAGAAAAAGUGACUCGACGAAUUCCUGUUAUAUAAAAAAUUAUGUCGGAUCAGCUGCCAAAUCGAUGGCUUAAAUGUCCACGUUUAAGUAACCAUCCAAUUUCAGGUAAAUUUAUUGCUUUUAAAACACCCCUGGACUCGAAAUUUAAUCACAAUGUACCUGAAAUGUAUCGAUUUACACCAUCAAUGGUUUUUGACUACGUUAAGAAGUAUAAAAAAAGAUUAGGUUUAUGGAUAGAUUUAACGAAUACAACAAGAUUUUACGACAGAACAGAAGUGGAGAACAGAGGGUGUAUAUAUAAGAAAUUAUCAUGUCGUGGUCAUGGGCAAACACCUUCAGAACAACAAACAAAACAGUUUAUAGAUAUUGUGAGUGAUUAUAUUGCACAAAAUCCAAACAAUUUAAUUGGUGUCCAUUGUACUCAUGGAUUUAACAGGACUGGUUUUCUUCUCUGCGCCUAUAUGAUAAUACAGGAGGAUUGUAGUGUAGAUUUUGCAAUUUUUAAUUUUGCUCAAGAGAGACCGCCAGGUAUUUACAAGCAAGACUAUAUUGAUGAACUAAUAAAAAGAUUCAAAGGUGAUUGCGCGUUGGAGGCUCCCACGCUACCCGAUUGGUGUGACGAAGAACAAAUUGAUUAUGAUGACAAUGAUAGAGAUGGCUCUAGUCACUCACAGAGUAAUUCUUCAAGAAAGAGGGAGGGGAAAUACAUAAACAAAAAGUUCAUGAUAGAACACGAAAAAGUAACAUUAUUGACUGACACGAAGAAAAUCGAUGCAAUACGUGAAACGGCGGCCUCAUAUUUGAAGUGGAAAGUGAAUGAUUUCCCUGGAGCACAGCCGGUUUCAAUGACUAGGAAAAAUAUAGAAAAUUUGCAAAAGUACCCCUAUCAAGUGUCUUGGAAAGCUGAUGGUGUUAGAUACAUGAUGCUUAUUGUAGACGAUGACGAAGUUUACAUGAUAGAUAGAGAUAAUUGUAUAUUUAAAGUGGACAAUUUAAAAUUUCCUCAUAACACAAAACCGAGGCAUCUGCGGAAAACUUUACUAGACGGAGAAAUGGUUAUAGACAAAGUUGAUGGUAGAGAAAAACCGAGAUAUUUAAUUUAUGAUAUAAUAAGGUUUGAAGAUACGAAUGUAGGCAGAGAACACUUUUAUCCGGUUAGGCUUCAUUGUAUAGAAGUGGAAAUCGUUAAUCCCAGAAAUCGAGCUAUAGUGAGCGGUCAUAUAAGAAAAGAAUUGGAACCAUUCAGUGUUAUCAUAAAACGUUUCUGGGAUGUAAGGAUGGCACACAGUUUACUGGAGGAUAAGUUUAUAAGGACACUGCAUCAUGAACCUGACGGACUCAUUUUUCAACCAUCAGAGAUGCCCUACUCAGGUGGUCCCUGCGAGUUCAUAUUAAAAUGGAAACCAAGUGAUCAAAACAGCAUUGAUUUUAAACUUGUUCUGGAAAAGGAGACUGGACUAGGACUUGUUUCCGAAACGAAAGGCAACUUAUAUGUCGGCGGAUCGAACGUCCCCUUUGGAUGGACAGCAUAUAAUAAGAAAAUCAAGCAUUUAAACAACAAGAUAAUUGAAUGCAAGCUAGUCAACCGCUGCUGGGUCUUCAUGAGGGAACGAACGGAUAAGUCGUUUCCAAACUCCUACACAACAGCUAAAGCUGUAAUGGAGAGUAUCGUUAAUCCGGUCACAAAGGAAUAUCUGUUGGACUUCAUUAAAUACAACUCUUACAGAAAACCAGACAUAAAUCAAUCAAAACGACCACGGCUCGAAUAACAUUGAUAUUGUUAUCUAUUAUAGAAUAUAGAUAAUUCGCAGGUCACGUCGACAUCAUCAGGUUUUGUAUUGUGUUAUAUGAAUAUAUAACUAAAUCUAAAUAUCUAUUAAAAUUUUCCUCCAUAAAGAAUGCAUUAAACGAUAAUCUUUUUUUUUUUAAUCACUCUUCAAUCAAAAUGACCACAGCGGCACUGUUAACUGUCAACAUGAAUGAUGCUCUUAAUAAAAAUAUAUUUUUAUUCUUACGAUGCCGUAUAAUUAUAAAUUUGAACAUAGAAUAAAGGCUGUUAGUUACAAUCUUUUCUUGUAGUACAGUCUAUUACGAACCCAUAAUAUUCUAUACCAUUCAUGUCUUAUUGAUGAUGUUUGUAUGUUUAGUACGAGUUUGCAUCGUAUACAAACGAAACGUUUCGUUUCUUUUUCAUAUCCUACAUUGAUACUAAGUGCGAGGAAUUAUAAGAAACUGGUAACGAAGGCCACAUACGCUGAAUUCUUGAAUUACAAUGUAACUUUACAUUACACCAUUUUCUGAUUAAGCCUUUGUUUCAUUAAUCAUACCGAAAUCCGAACGAAUUUUUCUAUUAAUAUCAUUUUUUAAUACACAAUGUGAUCAUAAGGUAACUAUUACAAUAAGACCACUUACAAAACAACUACAUACAGUAUUUAAUAAAAAUGUUAGUAAAAUUAAUUAUGGCACCAUCUUUUAGUUAACAACAAAUGAAUUAUUUCUUCUUAUAUGUGUAUAAUAAAUUCUGUGAAGCCAAAAUAUAAUGCAACCAAUGCUGUUUUGAAAUGUAUAUUUUGAAAGUGGCCCGGAAUUGGAUACCGCAAGUGUUAAAUAUAAUAAUAUAAGUGUAAUAAACUCGGUUAUCCAAUGAA